GUAUAAUAUGAAUAAAUAUGAACCAUUUAUAUUAAUUCAUGUUUGUAUGGAAAAAGAUUAUACAAAAUUUAAAAAUAAUGCUAUAGUUUAUAUUGAAGGAGAAAACAAAAUUGUGUAUAUUUUAAAACUAUCAAUAAUUGAUCGAUGUUUCAUCAAUCAGUAUAAUAGGAAGUAUUUUUGUUUAGUGCAAAAUAAAGCUUAAAUUACCAUAAUACACAUAAAUAUGAUGCGAAUCGAGAAUAUGGAUCACUCGUGAAUAUGGAAACAAAAUUGCAUUAAUUCACAUUUAUUCUUAAAAUAACCGACGGAUUUUUUACGCCCUUUGCUUUAAAAGGGACUGAAUUGUGUACGCCCAUGAUGCCCAUCAUGGGUUCAAGACCCAUGUGAACUAAGUUCUCCCAUAAGCAAACAAUAACUAAUCCUAGUGCUAUAUACCACUUUAAAGCCAACAGAGACCGACUAAUAUUAUCGCACUAAUCAAAAAUAGAUCGAGAAUAUACAAAAUAUUGUCAUUCCAAAAAACGGUGCAAUAGUGGCUAAUCGUAUUUUUCCUUUGGAUAUUGACCUUAUCACGGGCAUGUUCAGUUGAAAUGACGUCAUUUGUGAGCAGAAUUUCAAUCCCGCUGUAGCGAUUUUUAAAGACCAUUGAACUGCAACACUAUUGUAAGAUAGAAAACACUAAGUAAUGUUCACAAAACGGUAAACUCAUGCUUUAAUACUGUUUUUGAACGUAAUGAGCAAGGAAGUGAUUGUUUGAAAAGAACAGUUACAACACACAACAGAACUCGAAUGUCUACAACAUGCCUUGGAGGCGCAUGUAAAAAAAAUGGACAUACUUCAGUCUCAACCAUUCAAGGAUCUCGAGAUCGAAGCCGAUCAAUGGUUGAGCGCAGCUAAUGCCCAUCCAAUCUGUACACAUCCGCUUUGCCACUUCACCAUAUAAAGAACAAUCCUUCGGCUGAAUGGACGGAUUGUGUACGUCUUGAAGUGUACUGGUAUAGUCCGCCCAGGAUACACACAAGCUGGAAAGCAACCAAAUGCUCGCCGUAGAGCGAGCCAAAAACGGCCACAGUACGGCAAAAGGACAUCCUGAAGAUCGCAUUGUUUGGCCGGGCUAAGGAAACGGUUUAAUCUCUCCCAUUCAUCCUUCAUUUACGGUGACAAUCCGUUUGCUAAUAGUUGGUACCCCCGAACGUCUUUCGUCCAUUCGACAGUGGCGCAGUUUCCGUUCCCAAUCCCUUUUUGCCAGCUUCCAAUGCGGGUGCCGCAAGCCCAGAGCAGUGCACACUCGUCAUAAGCAAGGACACUGUUUACCCAGCAAGGUGGGGCACAAUUCGCUAAAGCUAACAAAAGUAAAUCAAAACAAUCGUAAACAAGCCCAGCCAGCAGCACCACCGAUCCGUCGUCCGGCGAGGUGUGCCCCGUUCGGUUCGGCCGACCGUCGGACGACCAUUCCGACCUCCCGAAACUUUUACCCCUUUUGCGGACAGAUCUCUUCGGUCCUUGCGCCUCGAAAUCUUGAGCUAAGCUGGCAGCUUUGGUACUUGAUGCCAGUGCCAGCUUUAUCAGCAUGUCUCGAACGGUAGCCACCUUGCUGCGUGAAUGGUCUACCGGACGGGCCGGACGGGCCUCUGGCGGGUGGCAAUGUUUCGAAUGAUUACAAGGAUCGCUUGCAAAACAAACCACACUAAGCACCACAAACACGGUCCCACGGACUGUGGGAAGGUGGGCUGCGGGAUAAUCCAUCCAUCUGUGGGUGUGCGGCCAACCGCUCCCCGGGCAAAGCAAAGCCCCUGACCACGGCUCACGUGUCUGUGCCGAUUUUUAUUUCAUUAGCCUUUUCAAGUGUGCGCCUCGACGGCGUGGUGGAAGCGCAUGGAUGUUCUUCCAGAAACAACAACACCGAUCGAAGCAGGCGUAGCAACGAUCCACCGAAAAGGGAUGCGGAGGGCUCUUCGCUUGCUGAGAUUAUCCUAUACUGCAAGACACAAAGCCGGCUUUGUUUGUGCUGGAUCAUGGUGCUGGUGGAAAAACGAUCGUUCGCCACAGCACGUAUGGUCAGCGUCUCGAUCGUGUGCUGCUGCUGCCCGUUUGUGUUUAUGCUCACAGUAGGGACUGUUUUCCUUCGUUUCAUUUCAAGCCAAAUGAUGGGUAAGGUUUUGCGGCGGCGAAUUAUGUAAUAAGGAUUAGCAUUAGCAUCCCACUGUGCGUCGAGAGCGGCCGCUGCCGCUGCUGCUGCGGUUCGAUUGAUGCGGGACGGUUGAGAACGACGGUUGAGCACGUAAUACGGUGGCACUCCUUCGACGGGGCGGUAUGGGUGGGGUAUGUAAAUAUGUUAUUAAGCGGGGUAAGAUCAACCAACCUGACUUUAUUGUUGUUACAUUGUGCAGCUGUUAUUUGAAGUAAGAUGCCAAAUGUAAUGAACUAGUAUUGAUGUUUUGAUUGAAUUUUGGGCCAUUUUUUAACACGAGUAAUAUAAGUUCUAAAAAGAGACUUUCUUCUAAGCUGUAUUGUGAGCUUCUUUGGAAAAAGAGCAUUUCAAAUUACUUACCAACUUUCAAUUUCUUUGGUCGUUUGAAGGUUGCAGGUCAACCUUUGAAUGAAAAUUCUAAAAAGAUACGGUUGAUUUAGUGAGUUUUGUAAGUCAUAAUGUACUGUCCAUAAUUUUUAGCAAACAUACACGAAAUUACAAGUAUUAAAUUGAAGUGGAUAGCAAUACGCCCGAAGCCGUUCUUUUUGAAUCGAAAAAAAUUAAGCGGACAAAGUUUUAAAAAAUAGUUAAUGUUGGCCAGUAUACUCCAAGCACACUAUAAUACAAUAUUUUUCUAUUGAUUGUACAUAAUCUAUCCUUUAUUGUUGACGUAAGGCAAAAUUUUGGUUAAAACAAGCAUCGCUUUAAAAAUGAAAAAUGGAAUUAAAAAAUCGUAAAUACUUUGGUGAAGUACUCAAGAGUUCAAAAGAAUUAUCUCGAAAAAAAUUGGAUAAGCAGCUCACUCAUAUGAAAUAGAUGCCUGCAGGCGCUUAGUGACGAGAUGGAUUAUGAUAAGAUUUUCCAAGAACUAAUUGAAAAUAAUUUUCACAAAUACACAUAAUAAUUACUUAAUUAUAUGCUAAUUACUUAAAGCAAUCACAAAAACCUCUUCCUUUACCCUUUAGUACUGUAAUCUAAGGCGUACAGUCCAAUCUCGAGGCGAUAAGGAUGUAGUUUUUGGCUUAUUUCAAGCAAACCGUUUUAUAUACUUUGUACUUGUACUUACGUACUAACGUUUCUAGAUUACUUUAAGUACAUUUUAUACAAAUAUCUUGAUACUUACUCCAGCCGUUUACUCUAGCUUCAUUAUCCAAGACUUGUCCUGCAGGCAGAUACAUGAUCUUUGCACCGGAAAUUAAACUGUUACUGUACUGCAAGUCACGAUUAAUAUGUGCAAGUCCUUUUGCGCUUUAGUUCUAUCUGCUACCGUUCUAAUCCUACACCGAACGAUCCCAACGAUUCGCUCCAAAAUCGCUCUCUCCAUUAGCUAAUAAUGUCAACCCCUAGGAUCAUCUAAUAACACGAUACUUGUAUACCUCAAUUUCGGGACAAUAUUAUUAAAAAUUAGUCUGAUGUUGUCGUCAAAAAAGGUCCAAAUUAACCCACCCAGCUUCUGUCCCAUUAUGCCGUAUUUUAACGUUUACAAACACACCGCAGCCGCCGUCCGCCAUCAUCGCCGGCUGCAAUCUUUCCGCCUGUUGAUAUAAUCCAUCUCAAGUGUCCUUAAACAAAAAUCGAAAAGGACGAUCUGUCUCGUGGAUGGAAUAAAGAAGAAAAAACGCUAGUCAUUUAUGCAAUUGUCAUUUAAUUAUCAACCACAGAAACUGAUGAGAAACGGAUUGGUUGCUAAAAUGGUGCGCGAAGAAGAAGAAACAACGGGAAAAACUAGAAAGAAAUCAGAGUCGUUCGAAUCCGUUUGUCUGUUUGCGGCGUCCUUCAUAUCCUUCAUUUUCUGCACAAAAAGGGAAGCGACAAGAACGGGGAAGUAGGAAGACCUGGCAUACCGCAACCAGCAGCAAGCGGGAAAACGCAUAAGGGGGAAGAAUUCGACCGCACACACGCACGGUGUCCUCGAUCCUUCCUCUGCUCCGGGAUAAAGUGGGAGGAGUUUUGGUUUGGCUCUGUGUACCCCUCACCAUUGCUGGCAAGUUUUGGUCCCGAUUUGUGGGCAAAGGGAGGGAAAGAGGGCGUAAAUAUUUGGACAGGGAUUCAAUUUCACCAAAACAAUCUCCACGAAAAGGCGGCAAUCUCGGCAAUGAAAAGAGAAGGCAGAAAAUAAAAAGGAUGUGAUCGGGCGCUACCGGCGUUCAGUGUGUGAUCGGUGCGGAAAGGAACCGGACCUCCGUGGCGAGUGAAUGCGUGUGUCUAUGUGUGUGUGUUGUUGGCAGCAGGACUACCACCAACUGCAUCAGUGUAAUUAUAAUGGCGGCUUCGAGUUGCAAGAGUGUGGCGCCCUUGCGGCAGAGUGACUUCAGUAUCGAGCAUAUCCUUACGCGUGCUGGCGAACGGUACAGCAAGCGGCGCAAACUAUCGAACGAAGUAGGCGGCUGUCGAAAUUGUUGCUCCACUAACAGCAGCAGCAGCAGCAGCAACAGUAGCCCAAGAAGUGUGCGUAGUGAAGAGGGCGAAGGUGAUGAUAAUGAUAAUGGUGGACGUUUGCGUGACGAACCCGGUACGGAGGCAGACGAGGAACUCGACGAAGAGAUCGACGUGGGACAAUCCGUGAUGCAGCAUCCUGGGCAGGAGGCUGGAUUUUUACCGACGGCACCCAGUUGCGGUAUGCCCACGUUCGAUUGGCUCUACUACACACGGUAUCAUCCACCGAAGCUACCACGUCCUCAGAAAACGGGUCCAGUCAAGCGAACGCCCGGACGUUUGCCGCGUGUACCGUUUACGCCUGCCCAGCUGAGCGCACUGGAGGACGCGUACAAAGUGUCCACCUACCUGAGCUCCGAGGAAGCGAACCAGCUCGCCUACAGUCUCGAGCUGACCAACACGCGGGUGAAAAUUUGGUUCCAAAAUCGGCGCGCCCGAGAUCGGCGCGAAAAGCGGGAAGCAUCAUUGAUAACCGGUGGGGCGGCGUCCACGUUCACCUCCGAAUCGCACCCAACGCACUGUACGUUGCUGCCGCCACUGUACGCCACUGUAGGAAGUGCGGCUAGCGGUUCCCGUACCGGCAGCCAUCCUUCGUCGCCGUCCAGCGUGGAAGCGUCUGCCGGCGGUCGGCAGAGCCGAAGUCCUACCACGGACCGAAGCUAUUAGAGCAGCAGAGAGAGGUUUGAAAAGCAAACUGUUUUAGAGGCUACCACGGGAGGGUUUAGCACGUUUUUUUUUUGUGAUACCUGCGAUCUACGAGACCUGUGCGCGAUCACGAGUGAUCGAAACGCGAAACGGGACACUUUUGUACAGUGAUUAUGUGAAUAAGAUUUUUGGCUAAGAACAUGCACAUUAGUGGAUAAUAUAAGUGAGAAGAAGUGUGGUGAGAGAGUGCUGAGAUCGUGUUUACCAAGCAGCAAGGUUUUUGGAAUAAAAAAAGAGAUUAUUUACACGCACUAAGCCAAGUUUGUUCUUUGUAUUAAGCAUAAAGGCCAUUGGGUUCAAAAUACAAAUUUUAAAAAUUAAUUAUUUACUUAUGCUUAUUUUAUUCAUGGACGCAACGAAGGAAUAUUUUAAAAAAUGUCUCUCUCUCUCGUAUUGGCCUGCUCACGAUAGAGCACGUCGAUGUGACAUGGCCCGGUCAACAGUUAUUCUCCAGGAUGCUCGGUCCCUGGCUGCAGCCUCUCAUCCAUGCAGACAUCCGAUCUCCGUCAGGUCUCGCUUCAUCUGUUCCAGCCAUCGAGUUCGCUGUGCUCCCCUGCGCCUUAUGCCGAACUGGGGAUCGCUAUCGAACACCUUCUUGGUGGGGCAUGAGUCCGGCAUCAUCAUGACAUGCCCCAGCCAUCGUAUCCUGCCAGCCUUCGCCAUCCUCAAGAUGCUCAGUUCGCCGUAUAGCUCAGCAAGCUCGAGGUUCAUCCUUCUCCUCCACGCUCCAUGCUCGAACACACCGCCAAAGAUGGUCCGGAGGAUGCGUCGCUCUAACACGCCCAGAGCGUUUGCAUCCUCCGCAAGGAUGGUCCAGGAUUCGUGCCCAUAGAGGACCACCGGGCGAAUCAAUGUACGAUAUAUCUCACAUUUGGUGCGGGCUUGAAGUCUUGUGGAUCUCAGCAGUCGGUGAAGCCCAUAGUAUGCACGAUUCUCCAGCACAAUGCGUCUCCGGAUGUCGCUGCUGAUGUCGUUGUUCGAACUAACGACCGUCCCGAGAUAGCAAAACUUCUUUACCCCCACGAGACUGUCGCUGUCAACUAAUACACUGCUUCCCAGAUGGUCUGAGUCACCGGCAAGCAGGUACUUCGUCUUCGUCGCAUUGAUUCUCAAUCCAAUUCUUGAUGCUUUGCUUGAGUCGGGUGUACGCCUCACACACCUUCGCUGUUGUCCUGCCGAUGAUGUCGAUAUUAUCCGCGAAGCCAAGAAAUUGGAGAGAUCGGUAGAGGAUCGUGCCACGGAUGUCGUUGUCUAGUCCCGCGCCUCGAGUGACACCUUCCAGGGCGAUGUUGAAGAACAGACAGGAGAGUCCGUCACCUUGCCUCAGACCCCUGUGAGAUUCGAACGAUUCCGACGUCAAGUUCGAUACUCUCACCUUGCACUGCACCCUGUUCAUGGUGGCCUCUAACAGCCGGAUCAACUUCCCAAGGAAAUGGUACCGCUGCAUGAUGCUCCAUAGCUCCUUCCGGUCUAUGGUGUCGUAGGCCGCCUUGAAGUGGAUGAACAGGUGGUGCGUUGGGAUCUGGCGCUCUCGGCACUUCUGGAGGAUCUGCCGUAGAGUGAAAAUUUGGUCGGUGGUGGAUUUGUCUCCAACAAACCCAGCUUGGUAGCUGCCGACAAAAUUUGUAGCAAGGGUAAAAAAUGUCAUCAUCACCGGUAAUAAAAUAAAAUAAUUUAAAACCAUCUUUUUACUUAUUAUUUCUUUUAUAGCAUUUACUUUGAAUUCCUUUUGCGGUACCAUAAUUAUAAUAUUUUUUGUUUUAACACAUCGCUUUCCUUUCUGUUGUUGUUAUUGUUGCAGACAGUGGAUUGAAUUGAAUAAAAACAUCUUUGAAAACUUAUCAAUUAAAUCUACCCUCCCACCCACCCACUUUCUAGGCCUUUUUGCUUGGGGCUGCUUCAACCAUGUUUCUUCCCCUCUUGUUUCAAACGAAGGGACGAGCGUGGGAGGGGGAUAGGCUGGGCUGGGUAGCCAAUGGGGGGGAUAAAAAUUCUGGCAUAGUGUCUAUGCAGUAAACAUAGGACAGAAUUAUACUAAAAAUAUUUUGUAUAAAAAUUAGCAUUAAAACCUUACAUACUGUUUAAGCCUUCCAGUGUAUGCUGCAGUGAAUAUACAAUUGCUCCACUGUCGGUGGCACUCUGAAAUCAUGCUUUUUUUAAUUUACACAAUGUUGAAGCUAUUUGUCACAAAGUGUAGCACUUUAACGAUCGAUAUGUAAAAACCCAAACUGUCGUUUCAAACAAAUGUGCUUAAAAAAACGCAGUUUGUCCACCACUGAGGAGACGCCGCAGUGCGUCCGCGUUCAAUUGCCGGGUAGUAGCACUGGGGGAGGUCACUCAUCGAAUAGCAUCGUAUCAUUUUUACACGAUACAGGUAUUUUAAACAUAACCUAAACGAUGGGUAAGGGGGGGGGGGGGGGGGUUGGGGGAUGGAUGUUAAGAAAAAACAGAACAAACAAACAAAGGAAGAAGCAAAAAAAUCAAACUGUUGUUAACGUUACGUUUACAUUGUUUCCGUUUUGCAGGAAGUCUUUUGAUCUGCUGCAGCCUCGUUCCGCUGCCCGGCACGCUUCACUGGCCAUAUCCAUAUCAAUCCCACAACACUGAGCAAAAGUGGUUUGUUUAGUUUGUUGUUCUGUUUUUAAUCGACACGUUCGUUACGAUAAGCUAUGUUCCUUUCCUUGCAGCAUCAUAUGCCACUACAUUGUGUGUUGAGCGAGCGCCCGCUGUCGGUCGCUCUCACCUUGCGAGCCUUCUGUAAGCCCUUUUCCCGGGCAGUCCUUUAAAACACAUACACACACACAUGCAAUAUUGAACAAGUUUCUAUCUAUUAUGCGCUGUGCACUUUUGUUUUGUUUUUUUUUUUAUGGUACAAGUGUUAUCUUUUCACACUGUACAUUUUAGUGUUUAGCCUUGGUGUGUAGUGACGCAAGAUUGAGUUGCCUCUUUGUCUAAAUUAUAUGUUUAUGCACACUUCUUUAGCUUGGUUUCAGCCCAAUAGCUGCACAGUCCAUUUACCAGUGCAGUAGGUAAAUGGUUAAAUAAGCGUCGUAAGCUGUUAAUAAUUCGGCUUCUUUGUGUUUUUGCUUUGUUUGCGCAUCCUUACCAUUGUUCUCUAUUGUUUUGCGGAGGUUGGGGAGUUUUGGGGGGGUCCUUUAGGCUUUGAUUCUUUUCACUUCACAUUAUCCAUCUCUCUCACUCUCUUUAUAGCUCUCUGUGUGCCUGUGUGGAGGCUUAUUUCGGUUACAAUACGUUGUGCGUAGGCUUUGCCACUAAACUAUUUCGCUCUUGCCUUUGGGGGGAACUUCUUGUGAAGCUGCUUUACAUUUCAUUUAUUUUGAUUUUUCUUUUCUUCUUCUGUUUACAAACAAUACACACACACACAUACACACCGAUAUAUGUAUAUAUUGUAAAUGGGCUCUAGGCUGGGUGGGCACGCAGACACUUGUGGGAGUUGGUUUUG